CGCCGCGCACAGGAAGUGGCGGCGGCGCCGAGGCGGAGGGCGGCGAUGGGGGCCCGGGGCGGCGGGCGCCUCACUCGCUGAGGCCCGACGCAGGGCCGGGCCGGGCCCAGGCCGAGCGCAGCGGCCGCACGCGCCGACGCGAGGAUCGCGACCAGCAGGUGGAGUGCAGGCCCAGCAGGUUGGAGACCCUUGAGGACAGCUAUCACCUGGCCCUGCUACCCCGUGCCUUGUUUCUAGGCUGCCGGAGGAGAGUGUCUGCCCGUGGACUCCUUCCCAUUGAGGACUGCUGUCACCUGCACUGUGCUCUCGUGGGUAGAAUACAGGACGGCUGUUCUCAGUGAAGGACCGUGCGCCCGCCCCUGAGCAGCGACCAUGGGCCUGCUUGCCUACCUGAAGACCCAAUUCGUGGUGCACCUGCUCAUUGGCUUCGUCUUUGUGGUGAGCGGGUUGGUUAUCAACUUCACCCAGCUGUGCACACUGGCCCUCUGGCCCAUCAGCAAGCAGCUAUACCGCCGCAUCAACUGCCGCCUGGCCUACUCGCUCUGGAGCCAGCUGGUCAUGCUCCUGGAGUGGUGGUCCUGCACGGAGUGCACUCUCUUCAGCGACCAGGCUACCGUGGACUACUUUGGGAAGGAGCAUGCAGUUAUCAUCCUUAACCACAACUUCGAGAUCGACUUCCUUUGUGGGUGGACCAUGUGUGAGCGGUUUGGCGUGCUGGGGAGCUCCAAGGUGCUGGCUAAGAGGGAGCUGCUGUGCGUGCCUCUCAUUGGCUGGACGUGGUACUUCCUAGAGAUCGUAUUCUGCAAAAGGAAGUGGGAAGAAGACCAGGACAUUGUCAAGGAGGGACUGAAGCGCUUGGCAGACUACCCAGAGUACAUGUGGUUUCUCCUGUACUGCGAAGGAACACGCUUCACAGAGACCAAGCACCGCAUCAGCAUGGAGGUGGCUGCCUCCAAGGGGCUGCCCCCACUCAAGUACCACCUGCUGCCCCGGACCAAGGGUUUUACCACUGCAGUCCAGUGCCUCCGGGGGACAGUUGCAGCUAUCUAUGAUGUGACCCUGAACUUCAGAGGGAAUAAGAACCCAUCCCUGCUGGGGAUCCUCUAUGGAAAGAAAUACGAGGCAGACAUGUGUGUGAGGAGGUUCCCCCUGGAAGACAUCCCAGCAGAUGAGAAUGACGCGGCCCAGUGGCUUCACAAGCUGUACCAGGAGAAGGACGCCCUGCAAGAGAUGUACAAGCAGAAGGGCGUAUUCCCAGGGGAGCCAAUCAAGCCUGCCCGAAGGCCAUGGACCCUCCUGAACUUCCUGUGCUGGGCCACCAUCCUCCUCUCUCCCCUCAUCAGCUUCGUCCUGGGCGUUUUUGCCAGUGGAUCCCCGCUCCUCAUCCUGACGUUCUUGGGGUUUGUGGGAGCAGCUUCCUUCGGAGUCCGAAGACUGAUAGGAGUCACUGAAAUAGAAAAAGGCUCCAGCUACGGCAACCGAGAGCUUAAGAAAAAGGAAUAAUUAAUGCUGUGAUUGAACACCCAUAACCUGACGCGGUAUCCAAUUAACUCAAUUAAAAACCGAACACACAGAGCGAGGGAAAGAGACACUUAGAGACUAUUUUUCUUAUUAACUGGUGACUAAUAUUAACAAAACUUGAGCCAAGAGCAAAGAACUCAGCUGCCAGGUGAAGAUGGUCAGCCAGCACCCAGGGUCCCAUCGGCCCUCUGCGGGGACAGAGGCGGGCUUGGGGAAGGUGGUGGGGCCAUGGGGCUCCCCCAGAACUCCGCCUCCAAGAGGCGGCCUUGGCUGCUCUCCCUUCUUAAACUUAGAAUGAGGCUUUUGUUUCUUAUCUGUUAUCUUGGGAACUUAACCUGGCCCCCACUUUGUGCCCUGCACCCCAGAACACUGGCUUUUCAUGGGUGCCGCUGUCCUCAUGGGGGCAGGUCAGCUGGAUCCUUGUCCUACAGAGCUCAUUUGCCCGGCCCUGCUUGGCACCUCCGCUUCUAGCCUGGGGGAGGAGGUCUUCUUAGAGAUAAGCACAGGCUGAAUGUAGAUCUGGCCCCUUUGUCCCCGCCCCAUCCAGGGGCUGAAGACCACCCCUCCAUCCUCUGCAGCACCGUUGGCACUGCCUCUCCGGGGGCUGUGUCUACAGCACCUUACGUCUGUUUUUAAAGUGAACGCCCGAGAACUCUGCAGUAUGUGGGAUCCUUGACUCCAUACAGCUCCAUGGCCCCCUCGUCCUCCGUAGCCAGCAGGCUGCAGUCCUGCCCAGGGCCAAAUGGGAAGACUACCUGGGCCCAACACCUCAGAGCCGUGGUGCCUGGGGGGCUCCAGCCUAUGGGACUCCUCUGGGACACUCUUCAGGAGGUGGUGUCACCAUCAGGCCUCCUUGUUCUCAGACACCUUUAGUGCUUGCUAGCAUUAGAAUUUAUUUUUACAAAUUGGUCUGUGGCUGGCUCGCAGCUUGUCCCUGUCCUCAUCUUCUGCCUCUCUCCAGGCAAGUGUCAUGGCUGCCCUCCACACCCACUGUCGCCCACUACCACCUCAGUGACAUAAGCUGUCCCAGCACAGCAGAGAACGGGGGUCCUCCACCUGCACUUGGUGCCUUGCCAGGGUCCCGUGGGCUGGCUCUGGAGGCACAUUACCCUUCUCACUCAGUGAAGGAAGGCCUGCCUGGUUUCUGGAAGACCUGGUUCCUUGGGGAACACCAUCUACACCUUUACCUUCUGUCUGGAACUUUCCACAGGCCCUUUUAAAGUCACUUCAUGUUUUCUAACAAGGAAAAACCCGGGUAUUUUUUGUGGCAUGCUGCAGCCAGAGUUGAGUAAAGGCGGAGAAGAUUUAUAGGGCACACUGGAAUGAGGAGGCCUGGAGAAGCCUGAGGGUAGACCCGGGCCUGACUCUGCACGGCCCUCAGUGCUGGGGACCUCGUGAGGCAGUGUGCCCGCUUUACAGAAGGCUCUCCUGGCCUCUGAGGUCCACGCACAACAGAAUGGUCGUGGAUUGCUCCUAUCACUCUUAGGCAACAGCUACAGUCACAGCUGCCUUCAAGGGUGAAGGGUUAAGUCAAACAAACUGAGACACCGAAUCUCUCCCCUCCAGCUGAAGGCUUGCCUGACCUGGCCUCUGCCAACUGUGAGCCAUCUUGGGCCCUCCCGAGGGCCAGCUCCCUCCCUGCUGGGGUGUUCUUUCUGUCUGCUUGAGGUUUCUGUCCUUCCCUAACUCACUGUCACCUCACAAAUCUGAAGGAAACAGGCCAGUGGGCCCUGCCAUGCAUGCACCUGGCCCCAGAUAAAGCAAGCUCAGAGCCUUUACCAUUUCACUAAUGCCUCUGACUUCCUGAGAAACCCUCAGCCUUUGAGAUCAGCUGAGUGUUGAGUCUGUGAAUGGCAGAGGAGUCCAGGCUGCAGGCUUUGCCCUCUUAGGCCUCCCCCUGCUUAUCCUCCAAUUCAGCGCUUCUGAGAGCAAUAAAAACUACACUAGGAAUGUGGGUGUGGGGUUUUUUUUGUUUUGUUUUGUUUUGGUGGGGUCAGAUUUUGCUUUUCAUCUGCUUCAGAAGGAAAGGGGGAGGAGAGUCCCUUGAUUUUUCUAUUAAAUUAAUAAAUCUCCGAAUAAGGCUUUUCUCUUUUUCCUUCACACCCUACUACUGAUAGGCAUGGCUGAUGUCAUGCCCAGAUUCAGACUGAAGGUGCUGCAGAAGCAGCUUGCUAGUCUUCAGGGAGCCCAUUCUGGAAGCAGUGGACUCAGGAGCCAGAGGCCUGGAACUGGAGUGGUUGGUGGCUUUGGGAGAAGGGGACUGAACCGCUAGGCUGGCGCUGCUUUAGGGUCUCCAGCAGAGGGGACCCCACAAAGUCAGCUCAGACAGAGACAUGGUCUCCUUACCACUCAGGCUCAAGAGCCAGGUACAUGAGGGCUCCUGCCAUGUUUCUGAGAGACCUGCCAUGUUUCUCCCACCCCUGGUCUCUGGCUACACCCACGUACCUCAUGUAGGCCUCUCUGGAGCUGUGCUGAGCUACAGCCGUGGCUGCCAUUCUCCUGACUGCCGGUAGUGGUUCAUGGUACCCACAUGGGGCAUCUAGGGACUGUGCUGCUCUCUCUGAGGGUUUUGUGUUAGCAUCCUAUUGGUGACCAUCCUGCAAGAAGCAGGGUCAACAAGCUAGGAAGGCUGAUGGUCAGCGUGUGGGCAGUUCAGAGAUCAGAUCUCCUCUUGACAAGACCUUUCACCCAGAGAAAGAAGCCACUUGUUAUGUGUGGGUGUUUGGUCAGCAUCCAUGAGUCACAUUCGAGAUGCUGUAAGGCCCUGUCCUCAGGAAGCAGUCUGUUGAGCUCUGAAAACACAUUCUGCUAGAUAACAUAUUGCAUCAAUGUAACAACACUUUCUUGUAGAAACAAUACCAGUGUCAUCACAGAUGCCUAGAUUCCCCUCCCUCCUCUUCCAUGGGCCUUGCCCUGAGAAUCUUUUCUGCCUCUGAUCUAGCCCUGCCUUUAUUGCCCUGAGAAUCUUUUCUGUCUCUGAUCUAGUCCUGCCUUUAUACCAUCAGAAAACGUCAGGGUUAGUCCCAGCAAUGAGUUACACUCAUAGGCGAUUCAAGAGAUGCCAGGAGGCCAUCCACACCCACCGUGACUACUGAUUUAUUUGUGUCAGGUCCAGGUUGAAGAGUAAGUGGUUCUUCCUGCAUGUUGCCCUGUCUCUGCCUUGAGACCUUAUAGGACAAGCCAAAAGUAGCCUUUCCGGCCCUGAUGACUUACAUCUCAAUUGUUCAUUCCACACAUAGACCCCCACCACCACCAGCUAGAUGCAUGUGACGCUUAGUGCUAGCGUUUUGGUGUGGCUUCUGGCCCUCUGCAGUGUCAUGAGGCUCAGGGUUAGAAUGGCGCACCUGAGAUGCCUGCUGCCUUCUUUCUGGAAACAUCUCUGGCCUACGGGCCAGUCCCAAACCAAAGGCACCUGGGCCUGGGUGAGGGCAUCCCUGACCUGCCUUAGGCCUUGUCCCAGAGUCUUGCCACGGGGCUGUCAGUUAGGUGCUGACACUCAGGCCCCAGAUCCCUGCAUACAGGGCCAGGAUUUGAAAAUGCAAGUUCAAGUUUGGGUGAUCUGCUUGGCUGACAGGGUGGACACAUAAAUCAAAGUUUAUUACAGGCAUUUGAAAUCAGUUAAUUCAGGGGGAUGGUGGUAUUCUUGCAAACCACUCGAGAAAUAAAACAAUGAGGGCACUUUGAGAAGCCACUGGAGAGGGUGGCAUCGCCUCUUCACAGACCUGGGAAACUGUGAACUUUGUUCCGACAGGUCACCUGGAGUUUUCUUUUCUCUCUAGCUUUUUGGCUUCUUUCUGUUGCAAAAGUGUUUGGAGAGAAGUGUGGCUGUGAAUGAGACCCUGAAAUGCACUAAAUUGUAUUCUAUUAAACUGGAGUUACUUGAUUCAAUGAA